AUGAAUUCUUCAGGAAAAAUCACCAGUUUAUUGAAUCAACAAAGACUUUUACAAUUGUAUCAAUUCCAUCCUAAACUAAAAAACAUUUGGUACUUAGUUGCAGCUGCCACAUUAAGUGUUGCUAAUUACCCUCAAGAAAUUCCUAAAGUAUACCAUUAUGCUAUGCAAUUAACUGCCAAGGAUGCUGAUAAGUAUUAUGUUACGCUAGCACACAGAACAAUAGAAUUGUUAAACUACUAUGAUCCAGCACAAAGGAGACAAGCUAUUGAAAAAGAAUAUGAAUUCCCAACAGAACAGCAAGCUAUGGUUACCAAAAAAUUAAGAGAAGCGUUAUUAAAGACGGGGCCUCUAGCCGGGUUACCUAGAGCUAUUAAUGGAUUACAUGCCUUAAAAGAAUAUACCCCUUCAAAGCUACGUUCUAAAUCUACUCAGAUUGAUGCGUGGGAAGCGGCUGUAAGAGAUGAAAUACCGUGUCCUGAUACAUUAAGGAAAAUGGUGGGGAAUAAAAAGGAUCAAGUAAAUAUCGUCCACAGAGGUCUUCAACAAUGGAAUUACAUCUAUAAUAAAGUCUCUAAUAGAGUGGUGAAUAAUUUGCAUUCUUCCUAUCCUGAUUUAUGGUAUUAUACAUUAGUUCAUUGUUAUGGACCUUUAUUUUCUUAUGAUAAAAUCCUCUCAUCACCAGAAACAAGUAUGGUUGUCAUUGCAUCUUUGGUUCCUCAAGAUGUCAAUCCUCAAUUAAAGGGUCAUUUAAGAGGUGCACUCAACGUUGGGUGUGAUUAUGAAAGUGUUGAAGCUGUAAGAACCUUGGCAAUUUUAGUAUCUGAAUGGUGUGGAAUUAAAUGGACAGAUGGUGUUGUAAAAUUAAAACCUAAAAAAUUGCUCAUAAAUACUAAAUAA